UAUAUAUGUUUCUUCUACUUACCCUCCUAUGACACAAUUCAUUUCUUCCUUUUCUUCAUAUAUAAAUACCAACCAAAUUCAUUACAUAGCUAUUGCCAUCAUUCUCUAUUGACAUAGAACUAUAGAAGUCUCUAGCUUUUUUCUUUUUUGCUAAUAAUACUAAUAAUGGCACCAGCUUCUUUAUGCUGCAUCUCCAACACUGUCUGUGUAAUGGAUGCCUCUAGUCGGCUUGGCUCGAGCUUGGUUAUUCGGCUACUUGAAAGAGGCUUCACAGUUCAUGCUGCUGUUCAAAAUCAUGGUGAUGAUGAUGAGUUGAUGUCAAUAUGUGACAAGAAGAGAUUGAAGGUUUUUUGUUUGGACCUUUUUGAUUACCAUAGCAUAAUUGAUGCUUUGAAGGGAUGUUCUUGUUUGUUCUAUUCAUUUGAGCCUCCCAAGGACCACUCCACUACUUAUGAUGAAUAUAUGGCAGAAGUAGAAGUCAGGGCAGCACAUAAUGUCUUGGAAGCAUGUGCACAAACAGACACCAUAGAAAAAGUUGUGUUUACUUCCUCAGCAACUGCAAUUAUUUGGGGACAUGAUGAACAAAUAUCUUCAUCUGUUGAUCUUGAUGAAAGAAAUUGGAGUGACAUCAAUUUUUGUCGUAAAUUUAAGUUAUGGCAUGCUUUGUCAAAAACACUAGCAGAGAAGACAGCAUGGGCUUUAGCCAUGGACAGAGGCAUAAACAUGGUGUCAAUCAACUCAGGAUUAUUAAUAAAUCCUGAUUUAAACAUCACAAAUCCUUAUUUAAAAGGAGCUGCAGAGAUGUAUGAAAAUGGAGUAUUUGUGACUGUUGAUCUUGAUUUUUUGGUGGAUGCUCACAUUUGUGUUUAUGAAGAUGUGUCAAGCUAUGGUAGAUAUUUGUGCUUUAAUCACAUUAUUAACACAAUUGAAGAUGGUUAUAAUCUUGCCAAGAAGUUGUCCCCUUUGCCUUCUUCCCCUCCAAGCAACCUUCAAGUCAUGGAUGAUUUCCUCUUUGCUGGUGCUCUUCUUCUGAUGUAACCUUGCAUUCCUUUCAGUCCAUAUGCUAUACACAGUUGCUGUAAAAGCGUUGAGUAGAACAGCUUGUGGCCUCUUUCCUUUGCUAUGUUGUUGCAACCAUUUUCAUUCAUUCUCUCAUGCUUCAAUCUGUCUUUGCCAUUUAAGCAAUUGUAUCAUCUUUUUCCAGAUAGAUGCUGAGAAAUCACAUUCAAAAAAUAGGUGGUGAUGUGUUUUUGUCAGUUGGAGCAUAGCACACAAGUCCUGAUAACAUUAAUACCCCAUUUCAGUAGCACAUCCUGAGUCCUUAAUCUCCUAUGUAAUGCAACUCAAAGUAUAAACACAUGUUUUGGACUUGCAAUGUUGUGGCAAAUGAUUUUCCUCCAAGGCACAUUCUGGACUUCACCUCUGAGAGCUUUAUAAGCAGAGUGAAUGUGAAAUUUUCCAUGUUGUAUCAAUUGAGGGUAUUGCUCAAGGAUAGUCCAAACAUGAUUUCUUCAUGUUGAUCACUUUUAUUACCAUCCAGGAUGCUUGAGCUGGUAUUUUCAUAAUAAACAGAUCCUGCUUAUGUAUGUAUCCAAUUGAUCCAAAGCUUCUCCUUUUGUUGACUCAAUUACCUUAGCGCAUUUACUGAUUGCAGCUUGAUUCCACAGCUUCUAUUGAUGAUAUUCAAGCCACCUGCCCCUUUAGGUAAGCACACUUUCUCCCAAGAAACAAGAUCUCUUUUAGAGAUAGUAGCCUGUCCAGUCCAGAGGUAGGUAGCUCCUAAAUGUAGCUUCAAUUAGUUUGAUCACCUUCUGUGGUAGUAGAAACAUUUGUGACCAUUAGGUCUGAAUACCAAAUAUCACAGCCCUAAUGAGUUGGAGUCUUUCAGCAUAAGAGAGACUCCUGGUCAUCCAUGAAGUAAUGCAGGUUGUAAUCUUAUCUACCUGAGACUUACAUUACAUUACAGUGAGCCUUUUGGUUGAUAAGGGUACUCCCAAGGUUUUUAAAAUGGUAAUGCACCUUCCUCAUAUCCAAGUGUUUGUAAAAUUUCCUCCUUUACCUUUGUGCCAACACCACUAAAGUAGACCUGGCUCUUGUGUAAGUUAGCUCUGAGUCCAGAUGCUUCCAGACUCCACUUGUUGGAUUAUACUAUAUAUGUUAUUGAUGUUGUACACCCCUUAAAAAAGUCACUCACUCAAUAAUUUUCUAUGGAAUCUACUCUUGAAAAUUUAUUUACUA